AUGGUCUUCUAUUCCUUGCCCCUCGAACCUGGCUCCAUCUCUGUUGGGGAUCGCUGGAUGACCAUAUCCUCCUCCGCCUCCCCCGGAUUGAAUGCCUACCGAGCGCUUUAUUGCGCCUCAGCUACUCCGUAUAGCUAUGGACAUGUCAUGAAGACCAGAGCUUUCACGAAUAAGAGCCAGGGACCAAAUAUGGCCUGCGACGUGUCCCGAUCCCGUUUUCCUUCGGGAGAGACUAGCAUCUCGUCCCCACGCUCACAGCUUCUACUUUAG